AAUUACACCUUAAUUUCUUCUUUAGUUAUGUGUCUUAUUUCUCUCAUCUGAAUCCACUAUCAACCCCAAAUAUGGGAAUUGAAACCUUGAACGGUGCGAAUUUUUCUUCAUGGAAAGAUUCACUGAUGCUAACUCUUGGCAUGUUGGAUUUUGAUUAUGCACUGAGAGAGCCUGCCCCUCCUGCUCUCACUGAUAAAAGUACUGCUGAAGAUAAAAUAGUACAUGAGAGAUGGGAGAGGUGCAACAGAAUGGCUCUUAUGGUCAUUAAAAAUUCCAUCAGCAUAAUCAUCAGGGGAGCUAUUCCAGAUUCAUCUAAUGCUAAAACAUAUCUGGCUUCCGUGGAGGAACAAUUCAAAGCAACUUCUAAGGCACAUGCUAGUACUCUUAUUUUGAAGAUGGUGACUACAAAAUAUGAUGGGAAUAGCGGCAUUCGUGAGCACAUCAUGAUGAUGAACGACAUGGAGAUCAGUGAAGCAAAAGACCACGUGAAGUAUUACUGAAGAGAAGGACGUAGAAAACUUCGAAAGUUCCAGUUGAUGUUGUGGGUCUUCCAGUUCACCAGCUACUUACUCAACUAACGAUACACGCAUGUUCUUCUUCUCGCAGACUUCGACCUGUUUGGACUACACCGAAUGGAGUACUGGCGAUUAGGUUAGAAGAGGAAGGGCAAUGUCGAUAAGAAAGAUGUUUCUAAAGU